UUGCCUAUCUCAUUUAUCGACACAUCUUAUCACAACUUUUAUCAGUUUUUUAAGCGAUUUUAAGGAACGCAUAAUUAAAUCAUCAUUUUUAAUUUAAUUUAAUUUAAUGUGUGUAAUUAAAAUUUGUAUAAUUAAAAAAUAGUUCGUUAAUUACGAUAGUAUGACAGGUUUCGUAACCUCAAUAGUUGUCAAUUUUAGUGCUUAAUAUCUCGGUUCGCGGGACAUUUUCGCUGCCAGAUUCGUUCGUUUUGUGCGAAAACGCAUCGGAUGAGUCUAAUUUCGGAGAUGGUGGGAGAAUUCUGGAUAAUUACUGUGUAAUCUUUUUAUUAAUACUUGCACUUUCUGAGCAUAAAAAUAUAUGGUGUCUUAAUUUUGAUAAAGUAACGUUCUACAAUACCAACAAAAUACUCCUAGUGUUUUGCACAAUCUUGGAUCAAAAUUGACAAUUAAUAAAUUAGAUCGUGACGUUCGGGACGAUCUCGUUCUCGAUGAACGUAAAUGAAUGGUGUGCGCAAUGUUCGCGCAUUAAUUAAUUAUGUACAUAUUUAUAAAAUGUCUAACCAAGGCGAAUCGCAACGGUAUCGGACAGUAUGGAGUAUGUGAAGUGGCAUGGAGUAAUGUGGUCAUGAUGCACAAUCUUGGAGAUGGAUACGUGACAAGUUUUUAAUUAUUUUUCACAUCGACACGAUGGAGAAUACGAGCGACAAGUUUUUUUAUGUCUACAGCUCCUCGUUAGAUACGAGGAUACAAGUCAAGAUAGGUACGUUGGAAGGCAAGAGACACAGACCCGAGUAUGACGAGCUGCUUUUGGACCCACUACUUAAGUACUCGGGCUUGUACGAGAGCGGAGGGAUUCGUGGAGAUCUAGCUGCGUCUCUGCAGGUGUGGGCUGGUGGUAGACCUUUGGCCCUGCCUGUGCAUACAGCCUACAAGCACUUCACCACCCGUUGGAACUGGAACCAGUGGGUUUAUCUACCACUUUCCUACACGGAUUUACCACGCGACGCCCAGCUUUGCAUAACUCUGUACGACUGUGCGGGGCCUGGUAGACAGAUUCCAGUGGGUGGUACAACUAUAUCGUUAUUUGGCAAGCAUGGAGUGUAUCGACAAGGCAUGUUGGAUCUUAGAGUAUGGCCUGGGAUAGAAGCUGAUGGCAAUAUUCCAACUAGCACCCCAGGAAAAGCCAGAGAUCAUGGGAAAGAACAAAUGCAAAGGCUCGCAAAGCUCGUCAAAAAACACAGAAACGGACAAAUAAACAAGAUUGAUUGGCUGGAUAGAUUAACUUUUAGGGAGAUUGAGUUAAUUAAUGAGAGAGAGAAAAGGGCGUCGGAAUACUUGUACUUGAUGAUAGAAUUUCCAGAAGUAAUAAUGGAUGGUGUACCGUAUUCAAUUGUAUAUUAUGAAAAAGAUGGCGACGAAGUUUUUCAACAUAGAUUACAGCCGGACGUUGUGACACUGCCUGAUUACGAAAUUUUACAAGAGAACCUUGUGGAAGCAAAACAUCAUAAGUUAGCGCGCAGUUUGCGUAGCGGCGGUAAUACUCGCGAAUUAAAACCCACGUCGACCGUGCGGGAUGCUCUAAAUACGAUAUUGGGAUAUCCUCCGACAACCGCGCUUUCUACCGAGGAACAGGAUUUAAUUUGGAAGUAUAGAUUUUACUUGUCUAGUCAGAAGAAAGCAUUAACCAAGUUUGUAAAGUGCGUUAACUGGAAAGUCGCUGGUGAGGAGCGCCAAGCCUUGGAAAUGUUAGCUUUAUGGGCCCCACCGGAUUCUGAGGAUGCUUUAGAACUACUAGGACCUGCGUUCACUCAUCCGGCUAUUAGGAGAUACGCGAUUAGUAGGCUUAAUCAAGCCCCCGAUGAUGAUUUAAUGCUGUACUUGUUGCAAUUGGUGCAAGCGUUGAAAUAUGAAGAUUUUGAGAGCAUUAAGGCUACUUAUCAAAUGAUGUUGAAGGAGAAGGAGGAAAGAGUGGAAUCGAAGAAUUGGAGCACUGAAAAGCUGGAAAGAAACGAAAAAUUGGAUAAAACGGAGAAACUCGAAAAAUCCGAUAAAUUAGAUAAGGAUAUAAGAAGCAGCGAUUCUACAUCUACCCCGGUUACUACUUCUAGUGAAUCGGAGAGUCAAUUAUCGACGAGCCAAGAACCACUCAUGGACCUAGCAUGGUUUUUAAUUACUCGCGCUUGUCAGAAUUCGAUGCUGGCUAAUUAUUUCUAUUGGUAUCUCUCUAUCGAGUGCGAGGAUCAGAUUGAUCCCGCGAUAAGCGCUAAACAAGAUACGCGAGUUAGAGAAAUGUACGUUACCGUAAUGAAAAUGUUUUCCAUGAUGUUAGCGCAGGGGAAUACCAUCUGGCAAAAAAGAAGAGCGUUCCUCUUGCGGCAGAAGGUGUUUAUUGAUCAAUUGGUGUUUUUGGUAAAAGCGGUCGCGCGAGAAAGCGGAAAUCGGAAGAAAAAAACUGAUAGAUUGAGAGCGUUACUGACUGAUCCAGAUCCGGCGUUCAAGAUUAACUUCUCGAAUUUUGAGCCGAUACCUUUCCCUCUGGAUCCUGAAAUUUGUAUCAAGGGAAUCAUCCCGGAAAAGGCAAGUCUUUUCAAGUCUGCGCUCAUGCCAUCGAAACUCACAUUCUUGACGACGGAUAAUACCGAAUACAUUGCCAUCUUUAAACACGGAGAUGAUUUACGACAGGAUCAAUUAAUAUUACAAACGAUAGCGCUUAUGGAUAAAUUGUUAAGAAGAGAGAAUUUGGAUUUGAAAUUGACUCCGUAUAGAGUACUUGCAACAAGCACUAAGCAUGGGUUUGUGCAAUUUAUCGAAUCUACAACGGUUGCGGAGGUUCUGGCUAACGAAGGAUCAAUAUUGAAUUUCUUUCGAAAGCAUCAUCCUUCCGAAACUGGACCCUACGGAGUAGUACCUGAAGUCAUGGACACCUACGUUCGCAGUUGCGCUGGUUAUUGCAUAAUUACGUACGUAUUGGGAGUCGGCGAUCGUCACUUGGAUAAUCUGCUUCUCACAGCAUCGGGUAAACUGUUUCACAUUGAUUUUGGAUAUAUCUUGGGUAGAGAUCCAAAACCUUUGCCUCCUCCAAUGAAGCUCAGUAAAGAGAUGGUCGAAGCUAUGGGCGGUGUCGGUUCCGAACAUUAUCACGAAUUUCGGAAGCAGUGCUACACGGCAUUCUUACAUUUGCGUAGACAUGCCAAUUUGAUAUUGAAUCUGUUUUCGCUGAUGGUAGAUGCCAGUGUACCCGAUAUCGCCCUGGAACCGGACAAAGCCGUGAAAAAGGUCCAAGAUAAAUUGCGGUUAGAUUUGAGCGACGAAGAGGCCGUGCAUUAUGUGCAUAAUCUUCUAGACUUAUCAGUUACUGCAGUGAUGGCUGUGCUAGUAGAACAACUCCACAAAUUUGCGCAGUAUUGGAGAAAGUAA